UCCUCGUUGUAGGCGGGGGUGUCAAUGGUCUAACGUACGUAGGCUAUUUUUCGUGCAUAUACCAUUUAUGCGGGACUGUCCCAUACACGUGUUUACAGAACUGCCUGGAUGUUGCUUGAUGCAGGAUACGAUGUCACCAUCGUGUCAGAGCAAUGGGCGCCGGCGACACCUCGUAUCACCUCUCAGAUCGCCGGAGCGUUGUGGGAAUAUCCUCCAGCCGUCUGUGGCCAGCACACAGACGCAAAGUCCUUGGCGUUGUCCAAAGGGUGGUCAUUGGCAUCCUACCGUGUUUUCGACCAGCUAAGCAAAUUCCUGCCCGCCAUCAAGAUGCGCACCGCCAAUUUCUUCUUCGGAAAACCGAUCGAGGACCUCCUUGAUCAAUUGCGCAAGAUGCGCGAGAUAGAAGCGUCUUGCAUUAAAGGCUUUGUCCGGGACCCCGACUUGAUUGCGAAACACGCAGUCAACCAGAAUGCUGGCGUUGUCGAUGCAUACUCCCAUCUGGCUCCUGUCAUCGACACAGACGCAUACAUGGUCUGGCUUCAUGAUCUGGUCGAGGUGAAAGGCGCGGAAUUGAUCACUCGCCGCAUCGAUGGCGAUCUCUUGGACUCGGAGGCGAAGCUACUCGAGACGUACGGUGCGGUUGCAAUUGUCAACGCGACUGGCCUCAAUUCGUUCGAGGCUGCAGGAGACAAGUCUUGCUACCCCCUACGUGGUGGAUUAAUCCGACUCGUCAACGACGGGAAGCGGUUCGCCAAGGUUACGGAAGCCCUCGCUGUGACUCACGACAACGAACUGAGCUCGGAGCAUGAAGAUAUCGUGUUCAUAGUUCCUCGAAACGACAACAUCCUUAUCCUCGGUGGAAUCGCUCAGCCUCACAAAUGGGAGCUUGACUUCACCAUGGAGUCGCCUGAGAUCCAGCGUAUGCGUGAGCGAUGCAACAAGUUUGUUCCUGGACUGGAGAAUGCAGAAUUUGACCCUGUAGCGCCUGUGGUUCAAGGUCUGCGACCGACGCGGGUAGGGAAUGUGCGGGUAGAGCGGGAGCUGCGGUCGAAUCGGAUGCAUGGUGGAUUCAGCAGCAUUAUUCAUUCGUACGGCCAAGGAGGCUCUGGUUUCUCGUUCUCUGUUGGGUGUGCGGUGGAUGUUCUGCACUUGAUUGACAAAGUGGUGCUUGAAAGGACGGCUGGGAACUUCAAUGUACAUAUGUAUCGUUCUAAUAUGUGAUCCGCCGAGUGACCGGUUUCAUUAGGUUUUACUCUUGUAUUAUCUUUGAGUUGUUACUACCGUUCACUGCUCCAACUUCUUGUUAUGAAUGCGACAUAGUGUGUAUUUGGAUACCAACAUUUCUCAUCUACAGCGAUAUGUGGCGACCACCACGAAUCUAGUGCUCCUGUUGA